AUGUUUUGGGUUCAGUUCAGGAUGAAUUCUGCUUAUGAAGUGAUGAAGGGAAGGCCAUGGAAAGCUGUCAACUUUGAUUGGGAUUUUUCAGUCAGUGAUAAAGGACUCAAGAGAGGAAUAGCAAUUAUACCAGAGAGGAACAGUUUUAUUAGAAUGUUGGAAGAUUUAAAGUUUCAAAUUUAUCCAUUUGACCAUGAAGAUGUAAAGUUGACAAGAAAUUUAUCCAAGUCUAAAUUUUUGGAUGAACUGAGGGAAUUUAAGAGACUUUGCUGUGAUGGCUCGUGUGGAUGCCUUUUGGUGACAGUGUCCUCCCAUGGAGUGAUUCUACCACAAAAUGAACAAAAAGGCAGCCAGACAGACAAUGUGGAAACCCAAGACAGACAGACAGACAAGGUGGAAACAUACGAGGAUUACGUUUUGACACAUCCAGAAGACAAAACCGAAUUUUCACCAAAUUUUAAAGAUGAACGUGUCUCAGUGCGGGAAAUAGUUGAAAUAUUCAGAGAUCCAGAUUUAAAAGGAAUACCAAAAAUAUUCUUUAUUCAGUUUCCACCCUCGGUGAGAGAGGUUUGUGGGUUAGAGCAAUAA